AUCGCGUGCGCUGGUUCAGAGAUCAGAGGGUCCGCAUCGGUUCGCUUUUCAAGUUCCCACCACGAGUAUAAUAAGGUCAGGACCCUCUCCCACGUUGGAAUCGUUUCCGCUACCCUCUCUGCGAAAACAAAGUCGAAGCCUGUCCGUGCGACUCUGGGGAUCUUUUUGCCUGUCCUCUCCAAAAUGUCAGCAGAAGACCACAAGGUUGAGGUUACUCAGCCUGUCGCAUCUGGCGAUGCUGCCAUCGCACCAGUCAACGAGAAGGAACCCUACAACGACGAGAAGGCUCUCGCUAUGACCCCCGAUGGUGAGGAGCCUAAUGCGGAUGAGGUCAAGGGUCUCCGCCAUGUUGCCGAGAAUCUUCCUCUUUCUGCAUGGCUAGUUGCUGUAGUUGAGUUGUGUGAGCGUUUCACCUACUACGGCAUGUCGGGUCUGUUUCAGAACUAUGUCCAGCGUCCUCUUGAUGGAAGUGAGGGCCGCGGUGCUCUCGGUAUGGGACACCAGGGAGCUACUGGAUUGACCACUUUCUUCCAGUUCUGGUGCUAUGUUACCCCUAUCAUCGGUGCCAUUGUCGCUGAUCAGUACCUUGGCAAAUACAAGACCAUUGUCCUCUUCUGCAUCUUCUACCUCAUUGGUCUGCUGAUCUUGGUUUGCACAUCGAUUCCUGGUGCUCUGGAGCAUGGCGCUGGUCUUGGAGGCUUCAUUGCCGCUAUUUUGAUCAUUGGUCUGGGAACUGGUGGUAUUAAGAGUAACGUUGCUCCUCUGAUUGCCGACCAGUACAAGCGCAAGAAGAUGGCGGUGAAAACUCUCCCCAAGGGGGAGCGUGUCAUCAUCGAUCCCUCUCUUACCAUCCAGCGUAUUUACAUGAUCUUCUACGGCGCCAUCAACGUUGGAUCUCUUUCCCUGCUGGCCACCCCCUACAUGGAGCGUGACAUUGGAUUCUGGUCUGCCUACUUGCUCUGCUUCUGCAUGUUUGCUGUUGGUACCCUGGUUCUAGUCUUUGGACGCAAGUACUACGUUGUCCGUCCUCCUCAGGGCUCGGUCAUUACCAACGCCUUCAGGGCUCUCUGGAUCAUGGUGAUCAACCGCAACCUGGAUGCCCCCAAGCCUUCCUGGCAGGCCACCAAUGGUGGUCAGCGCACCAACCUGCCUUGGGACGACCACUUCAUUGACGAGCUUAAGCGUGCUCUUGUUGCCUGCCGUGUUUUCUGCUUCUACCCUAUCUACUGGGUUGUGUACGGUCAGUUCUCCGGUAACUUCGUCACCCAGGCCGGCCAGAUGCAGGGCCACGGUAUCCCCAACGAUCUGAUGCAGAACUUCGACCCGAUCUCCAUCAUCGUGUUCAUCCCCAUCCUGGAGAGCCUGGUUUAUCCCCUGCUCCGUCGUAUGCACAUCCGUUUCCGUCCCAUUACUCGUAUCUCUCUGGGUUUCAUCGUCGCCUCUCUGGCCAUGAUGUACGCUGCCAUUGUUCAGCACUUGAUCUACUCUGCUGGCCCCUGUUACGAUAGCCCUCUGUGUGACGCCUCCCUUAUUGAUGGAGAGGCCCAGGGUAACCGUGUCCACAUUGCCAUCCAGACUCCAGCCUAUGUCUUCAUUGGUAUCUCUGAGAUUUUCGCCUCCGUGUCGGGUCUGGAGUACGCUUACACCAAGGCUCCCCCUUCGAUGAAGUCCUUUGUGCAGUCUAUGUACCUGCUCACCAAUGCCUUCGGUUCCGCCCUAGCUGAGGCUCUGACACCCGCUGCCUUCGAUCCUGCCAUUCUGUGGAUGUUUGUGGGCCUGGCUGUUGCCUCUUUCCUCGUUGGUAUCAUCUUCUAUAUCCUCUACCGCCACCUGAAUGACCAGGAGGACACUAUGAACGCUCUGGAUGCCGAUGAUUCGGAAACUCCUCCCCCUCGGUAUGAGAAUGAGGAGAAGAACUAGAAGUGUUCCUCUUUCUACUGUAAUAUAGCAAAUGUUUUUUUCUUCUUCUUCAGUUCGUGCAUCCACGCGGGGCGCGGAAAAUACCCUGUUUCGAUCUAUCUGUUACCGGGCUGCGUAACAGCGCCUGCAGAGCAGACCACUACAGCUAUCAUCCAUACCAGGUGUAAAUAAUCA